CGUUGUUGUGCGAAAGAGAAAUAAUAAUGGCGGAUCUUCUGGGUUCGAUUUUAAACUCUAUGGACAAACCACCAACAGUUGGUGACAAACAGAAGAAACUACUACAAAAGCAACGUGACGAACACCAGAAGCGCGAAGCGGAGGAGAAAGAGAAGUUGAGAAAGUUCAGAGAUCAGGUUGAGGACAAAAUCAACAAGUUUAUCCAAGACCCCGAAAAGCAAAAAUACAAGUUCACGCCCAUGGCAAAGGUCCACCGCACGAUUAUCCAUGAUGUUGCAGACAUUGCUGGCCUCACUGCUUUUUCCUUUGGUGAGGAGGAAGUAGAUCGCUAUGUCAUGAUCUUCAAAAAGGAGUUUGCACCAUCAGAUGAUGAACUGGCUGCCUACCGGAAAGGAGAGGAGUGGGAUCCUGAGAAAGCCAAGGCUGCUGCCCGAGAAAGGGAACUUGCUGCUGCAGCACUGGCGGAACAGGCAAAGCAGUCAAGCCAAGAUAGUGCACCACAGACCGACUACCACGAGAAAUACGAGAAACUGCUGGGUCGGGAAAGUGGGAAGGAUGCAGCCAAGAUCACCACACCCAACAAACAGUUUGGCUUUGUACCCAGUCAGAACAAAAAGGACGUCCGGACGAUCGAACAAGCGCUUGCCGACAUUCGUGCCAAGAAGAAGCAGAAAACCGAUGGCCCUAGUUCAGAAAAAUCAGAGCAUGACUGACAUUUUGUAAACAAAAACAAAACAAUGCAUGCUUGUAAAUCUAGGCUAGAUAAGUUUGAACAUCCCUGCUUUCAUUGCACUGCUGAGCUCCCAUGGCACACUACGUGUCCAUCUAAAGGCUGUGUUUCGCACUUGUCAUUACUGCGAAGAGGUGGAUUGUUAAGUUUGUUCAUCAUAUUUUCUUUUUAAUAGCUGGAAUUAAAUGAGCUGCGUGCUGUUUGUAGUGUAGUCUCUCUAGCGGAGGGACAGUGUUAUAAAAGUGCUCAAGACUACAUUGACCCCUAAUUAUUAUAUGGAAAAUUAGGGCUGCACCCGCAUUUUUUUUUUUUUUUUUUUCUGGCUGUAAAAGCGGUUUACCUUUUUCAGCCACUUGCAUACAUUUUGCAGAAAAUAUUUAAUUUCAGAUUGGUAGCCUAACACUUCAGGCUUCAGCCAGUUGCGUACAUGUUGCAGAACAUGUCUUAUUUCAGAUUGUUGGCUGCAUACACGCAGAUCUUCUCGUUAUUCGUACCGUGUUAUGUUGUGCUAGUCCUGCCUCAUAGUUUGGUAACUGUACGAGCUUAAAUAAGGGUAAAGAAACGCAGGAAAAGUGGAUGUCAAGCGUACCCGCUGGAUGUACAAAGACUUAUUGCCUAUGACUAUGAGCUUAGUUUUUACUGCAUGGUCAGUUUAUGAGGACCUUGUAUGGGUACCAUCACCAUCUGUGCGUGUGCCAUCACCGUAAAUUGAAAUGCAAACCAAGUGGAAAUCAGCUAAAACCAUGCCUUUAUACACUACAUUUCGACGAUGGCAUUCAUGGGAUUCAUUGCAUCCAGCUUUGGGACUAAGCACAAAAUGAAGCUGAGUGUUGAGAUUUGGGCUUGUUGGUUGUUCAUGGCAUAAAGCAAGACAGCAGCACUGUGUCAUUGUGCCUCAGCUUUGUCGUAUUCGUGCACUGUUUUCGGAUAUGGUUGGGGCUACACUGUAGUAUAGAGACUGAUCACUCAUUCAUUACGCAUCGCAUUCGGGAAUAUAAUCAUGUGCAAGUGGCAUUCCAAUUUCAAGUUUUAGUUUUUGCACAUGAUACGUACAGCACACUGUAAAACUAAUGCUGCUUUUACAAGCUCUACUGUUGACACGCUGAUAAAAACAACGCUAAUUUGUUGAAAUUUUUUUUAGACCUCUGUGUAGUCUGUGAUGAUGGAGUUCACCAAGAACUGUAAAUAUUCAUGAUCAACUGGGACAUUUUCAUUGGUAGUUACUUGCUUCUGUAAUUUCGGCAAGCAUUGCAAGUGUAGACUAAAUUGUGUGAUGUGCUUUUUAUGGCACAUUUUCGCGAAGCCAGUUGCGGAAAAAUGCUUCCAAAUAUGUCAAUAAAAUUAUUUCUUUUGUUUGA